AUGGCUUUGAUGCAAAAGAAGAAACGUUUUUCGUUAUUUGGGUCACCACCAAGAUCACCCAUUUUAUCUCCUGGCGCUGGAACGACAUUUUUUUCUAGUUAUUUUCCUUCGCAAGAUAAUUCGACUGAAAAAAAGUCACAGGCUAUUGUUGAUGAUGUUCGAAAAGCUGUUGACGCGUUGGAGCAACUUGUUACAGCAGCCGAUGCAUAUCGAGAUUUGAUGAAUAAGUUGAGCAAAGCUUCUAAAGCUUUUAGCAACGCUUUAAGGGAUUAUGGGAAUUGCAAAGGUUUGGAAAAUAAACACGUAAUGUGCAUGCAGACUACAUCUCAAUUCUAUGAUUGUCAUGCUGAAGUGUUGUCAAAACUCAACAAGGCAUUACAAAAAGAUUUUGAUCUGCUACAAAGAUUUUGGGAUAAAUAUUCUAAAAAAGUGACAAAAGAUGACAGAGCACAUAACAAUUAUGUUAAAGAUCUGGACAAGCAGGUUAAAAAGAUUGGAAAAGAUUAUGAAAAGAAAUCUAAGAAAGAUCCCACGGUUUCUCUGGAUUCUCAUAACAAUUACAUGUCUUCAAUGACAGCUGUUGGCUCAGAGAUCACCCGUGUACGAGCUGAGUAUACAGAACAGGUUAUAAAACGGGAAAAGAAAACUCAUUCCGUCGUAGCACAAGUAGUUUGUAGACUUUCAGAGGGACACUUUGCCUCAUUUAACGACUCACUAAAAAAGUGUGGGCCCAGCAUUGCAAAGAUGAAAGAGUGGGCACCUUUUGCAGGCGAGGAUAUGCCAUUACCUCAGGGUUUAGACGACUUUUUAGAGGAUCAGGUAAAUAAUAAAGAUCAUGAAGAUUACGAUCGCAAAAGUCAAACCAACGCCAUGACUGAACACUUCACGCAUUCAAUUAAGUCCACAACUCCCCAACCAGAUCGGGAUUCGGAAAAUUCAGAAAAGGGAUCCGAUACAUUUGCGUCAAUCUCAGAAAAACAGAUUGCUGCCAUGAAUUUUUCUCUUCCAGAGUCUACUUUACCUGAUCCUGCAUUACCAAAAAUCAAUGAUGACCCGGAUAGCAAUGUUCCUACAAAAUAUGUCCAAAUGCCUGUACCAAAAGUCAUCACCCCAAUAGCCACGAAACCUUUUUCUCCAUCUUUGAUGGAAACCCCAAAAGGAAGUAAUGUAGGCACACCAGAAAUAACACCAUCAACAUAUCCUGUGUUUCCUGUAUCACCAGUCUCUCCCGUAAAACCAUCUGUCAAUAAAUCUGCAUCGGACCUGCUUUCGGGGUUUUCAAUCGGUGUUCACGCUGAUGAUCACCCAUUUUUUCGAGAUGAGAAGGUAGUGGAGGUAAAUGCGGCCAAGUUGUACACGGAAAAUAGGGUAGAGAAAGUGACGCUUAAGCCUGGUGUGACUAAGCUCAAAGUAGAAGAGGAUGUUGGUACCAAAACACCUCCAAAGGUUGACGGAAAUGACAACAUGAAUAACAUGCCAUUGGUAGAUAAUAAGCCUAUUAGUGUCAAAAGAUAUCUCAUAUCAGAGACUCCACCGCCUACAGAAGGAUUUACAAUAAGCCGUAAGGCUGUUUCCGAUUACAGUAAUUCUACGGUGCGUAGCAAUGACUCGACAUUGCGUGGUGACGAAAGAAAUGUCGAUGAAGGUCUGGAAGUACAAGAGCCUCAUGAAAAGUCUGUUAGUAGCAAAAGUCUCGAUUUAAAUAUUUCCAAGGUUAACGUCAGUAAAGAUGAGCCGGUAGCUGUUCCUUCAAAAGCCGAUAAUAUCAAACCUCCGAUUAGUAAAACCCCAGAGAAGGAGAUAAAGGAUCUGAAAACUGAAGAGUUAAUUGAGGAAAUUUAUUGUGUGGCGCAGAAAUCCAAUCGGGAUGAAAUUGAACAGCCGAAAGUUGUAGAACUCAAAAAUGAGGUGCAAUUUAUUUUAGAUAUAAAAAAUGAAUCACCGGAUAUUGAGAUACAAAAAAAUGAGCCACCGGAUACUGAGAAACGAAAUAAUGCACAGCAAAACAACGUACAAGAAAUAGAUGUAAAAAACCAAGAUCCAGUAAUCAUGGAGAAAGAGUUAAGAACUGUUCCAAGCGUUGGCACCGAUUCUCUCGUGGAGUCUUUUCCUACAGAUCUGCCAAUUCGUCUGUCGCCGCUUCAAAAACCUCAACAGACGUUUGAAAGUUGUCCCGAAAAUGAUUUUAAUUUAGAUGACCGAUCAUAUAGCCGCUCUCCUGUUCAAUCACCAAGGUUAAUCCAAGAAAGUUUUCGAGAGGAAAAUCAAUACAAACAUAAUCUCGAUGAUCAUAGAGAGUUUGUAUCAAUAAGAAAAGAAGAUUAUCGUGAGCUUUAUCGUCAUGAUUUACCGAGAUAUGAAGAUGACAGACGAUAUGAUGAACUAAAUCGGUAUCCGAAAAGAGAGAUAUUUCACCGUGAUUAUGAUUUGGAUUACGGUAUGCAACCUUAUGGGGACAGGAGAAGAUAUGAAGAAUCAAUUCAUAGGUCGCCACCACGACACGACCCGUACGUUUACCGGACGUACACUGAUCUAGAAAGAUCAGGAUCAUCUGUGGCGGAUAUUCGUGAUAGAUUCCAGUCGAUGACUGAAGAAAGAAGACCUUUAUCAUCUCCUCGGGACUUUCCAAUCCCACGAUCAGGCCGGGUUAGUGACUUGACUUCAAGAUUUGGCGGGAUGAGGAGUGAUUCACGCAUUAACUCACCAACAUUGUCUCGAAGUACUGGAGAUUAUCAAUAUAAUGUUUGUGGAAAUUAUCGUUCUCAAAGUGGUUACAGAGAUGAACGGUAUUUCGAUCAAGCACGCUAUGGGGAUGCUCCAUUACACGAUCGCCAGUGCGACUGUUAUGAUUGCCGGCAACUAGGCAUCCCAAGUCCAAACAAUGUGAGGUCAACACCUCCGCCUCGAACUUAUCAUAAUGAUUCUUCAAAGAAUUUAAGAUAA